CGCUCCUGCUGACGAUGGGAGACGUUCUCUGCGAAGAGCUCGAGGAUUUAGUUCAUUUCUCAGUCCACGACUUACCGGCACGAGGCUAUGUCGUCAUGGAGGAGAUCCGACGUCAGGGGAAACUCUGUGAUGUCACACUCAAGGUGAAACUGACGAGGCUGGAGGCUGAAGUUAGCCUGCUAGCCAGCUAACACUGGCUGUGUAGCUGAGGUAGCCGAGCUAGCGGAGUGGAAGCUAACCACAUGCUAACAGAAGCUGUGAGUCACGGAGCGCUAACAGCCGAUUAUUAAGAUAAGCUAACAGCCGGUUUAGGCAAGAUCAUGACGUCACAGACCGUUAGCAUUAACAGAUUCAUAAAGCUAACACGGCUAACCUUUGACCUUCCGCACUACGGAAACACCUGAGAGCCCUGCAGCAAGGCAGCAGGUCGGGGAUCACAAGUUCAGCGCUCACCGGAUCGUCCUGGCGGCCUCCAUCCCAUACUUUCACGCCAUGUUCACCAAUGACAUGGUGGAGUGUAAACAGGACGAGAUCCUGAUGCAGGGCAUGGACCCCAGCGCUCUGGAGGCUCUGAUAAACUUUGCGUACAGCGGCCGCGUUGCCAUCGAUCAGCAGAACGUCCAGUCCCUUCUGAUUGGUUCGAGCUUCUUGCAGCUGCAGAACGUGAAAGACGCCUGCUGCUCCUUCCUGCAGGAGAGGUUACAUCCGAAGAACUGUCUGGGUGUGCGUCAGUUUGCGGAGACGAUGAUGUGUACGACUCUGUACGACUCGGCCAACAGCUUCCUCCAUCAGCACUUUGUGGAGGUCUCUGUGUCCGAGGAGUUCCUGGCUCUGAGGCCGGAGGAGGUGCUGGAGCUGGUGGGCUGUGACGAACUCAACAUCAAAGCUGAGGAACAGGUGUUUGAGGCAGUACUGGCCUGGGUUCAUCAUGACCGGGACCGGAGGGAAUCUCUGCUGCCAGAGCUGCUGUCAAAGAUCAGACUUCCUCUGUGUCGACCUCAGUUCCUGUCAGACCGGGUCCAGCAGGACGAACUAGUUCGCUGCUGCCAUAAAUGCAGAGAUCUGGUGGAUGAAGCCAAAGACUUCCACCUGAUGCCGGAGCGUCGUCCUCACCUGCCCGCCUUCAAGACCAGACAAAGGUGCUGCACAUCCAUCACAGGACUCAUCUACGCUGUGGGAGGGCUCAACAGCUCAGGUGAUUCCUUAAACGUGGUCGAAGUGUUCGAUCCAAUCGGGAACUUCUGGGAGCGCUGCCAGCCAAUGAGGACGUCUCGCAGCAGAGUGGGCGUGGCUGUUGUUAAUGGCCUGUUGUACGCCAUUGGUGGAUAUGAUGGCCAAUCACGGCUCAGCACGGUGGAGGUUUACAACCCAGAGACAGACAGCUGGACACGCGUGUCCAGCAUGAACAGCCAGCGCAGCGCCAUGGGAACGAUUGUGAUUGACGGCCACAUCUACGUGUGCGGCGGCUACGAUGGGAAGUCAUCUCUGAACUCGGUGGAGUGCUACUCUCCAGAGACCGACAGGUGGACGGUUGUGACAGAGAUGAGUGCAAGUCGCAGUGCUGCUGGUGUGACUGUGUUUGAUGGGCGCAUCUUUGUCUCUGGUGGCCAUGACGGUUUACAGAUCUUCAACACGGUGGAGUACUACAACCACCACACGAACCGCUGGCACCCUGCAGCGGCCAUGAUGAACAAGCGUUGUCGUCACGGGGCGGCAGCUCUUGGCAGUCACAUGUAUGUGGCAGGGGGGUACGACGGCUCGGGCUUCCUGAGCGGAGCCGAGGUGUUCAGCUCGACGUCUGGCCAGUGGAGCCUCCUGGUGGCCAUGAACACACGGCGCAGCAGAGUGUCACUGGUUUCUACAUCAGGUCGUCUGUACGCAGUGGGCGGCUACGAUGGACAGUCCAACCUCAACUCUAUGGAGAUGUACAACCCUGAGACCAACCGCUGGACCUUCAGGGCCCCCAUGGUCUGCCAUGAGGGGGGCGUUGGGGUUGGCUGUAUCCCGCUGCAGCCUGCCUAAAGCCUCCAGUCAGAGGCUGAGGAUUGAUGCGCUACUGACGGCUGCAGGCGGAGAGGCGAUGCCCUCCACAGGCGUUCCCUGAGCUUCAUCGGUACUAUGGCCGGGCUCAGACCUGCACACUGACGCCAGGCCAGUGGGAUUAUGGGUAAAAACUGUAGAGUUAGCCUAUGCAGGCUAGCUGCUAGCAUUGAGGACUGAUUAAAGUUGAUUUGAUACUUGAUUGAAAUGACCAACAGGAAGUCACUUCCUCUCCAAAACAAACAAAGCUGCUGAAUGGAACAGGAUGAUCACUCUGAUCCUUUUUUGUGACCAAGUUCACUGGACUUUCUUAUUGAUCGACUAAAAUCAGUGAGUGUAAUUGACAGACAGGAAGUAAAGGUGCGGAUGCAUGAAGAAGAAGCAGACAGAUGGAAACACAUCUGUGUAUUUAUGAGACCAAGAAGAAUAAAAUAGCAUUUAAAAUAGCAUCCAGUGCCCCCCUACAGGCUGCAGAGGUCAUUACAGUCUUUCAUUUAAUAUGUUCAGAGGCCCCAUUCAGACUCUUUCUGUCUGUCAUUGGUAUGUGAGUGUGAUAAUUACAGACACUCUGCUGCUCCUUCUCAUAUUUCAGUAUUUUCACUUCUGCGACAUUUUACCGACUCAUCUUCAAAUCUGACUGUUGUGUGAAAAAGGAAGCUUUCUGUGAAUUGGACAGAUGCUAACACGCUAACACCAACAUACAGACGAACCAACGUGACAACAGAAACAAUGAAGUCCGUCAGGAGAGGAAGAGACGGAAGACCGCUUGGCACUGCUCUUCUCCUUACAGCCUGGCCACAGUCCACCUGUCUCCAUUCAGAAUGUGUAGAAUUAGCUGUUAGCAGCUCCUGCUAGCGGAGCAUCCUUAGAUGUCCAGACAGCCACCACUGGAUCACUGUGGAGAAAACCUGGAAACAUGAUGAUGAUUUCUAGGUGGGCUUCAGGAUGUUUAUUCUGAUGGACAUCAGAGUUUGUGAGGUCCAUGUCACACUGAAUGAUAAAAAUGUGUGUCUGUUAUGAUUUUUUCCUCCUGCAGCUCUCCAGCGCCCCCUUGAGGAGGCUUUAGUCUGCUGCUGAAGGUCUAUUUCAUAGCCUGUAGUCCUGAACUAGGGGUCAGAUUACAGUUUCAUCCUCCAGCUGUGAGAUUCACCCUGUCUGAAUGAAGCUUUUCACUCUGAACAGUAGUGAAGAUAUACAUGUUUAAUAAUGUUCUGAUGGGGGCACGAGAGCAGAAAUCAUGGAGUCAUGAGAAUGUGGAUGGUUCAUCCUGUGAGGAACGUGAACAGGUCGUGUUGUUGCUGUUCAGUAUGAGAUGACAGGAUUAUCAGUAAUGAUUUGACCAGUCAAUUUGAAUCUGAAUCCUGUGACUGCAGAGAGUCGACUCAGUAACUCAGUGGUAAUCAAUACUUCAUCAGUAUGGUGUGAAAACAGAAGGGACAACCAAAAUGAAUAACUGCUGUUCCAUGAACAUUAUUUUUGGAUGAUUGGAAAGGAAGUGACAUGUCGUAUGUUCUGCACCUCAGAUCUACUGACUGAAAGUCUCCAGCCCCGUCAGCUGCCUCUCGGGGUCUUCCUCAGCUGAUCGAUCGUCCUCUGUUGUCAUGGAGACGCUGACCUCAUGAAGGCCUGACAUGUAGCUGAGAGCUCUGGAUUUUUUCCAUGUCAAGCUUAAAUCUAAAAGCUGAACGCUUCGUGUUCAUUGAAGUGGCCUGAUGCUUUAAUGAAAAAACAGAACUUUAAAGUUGUUGAGUUGACCCUCUGCAGCCUCCGUACAUCAUUUUAUUAGUCAUUUUACAGUUGAUUUGUGGAUCAAUAAAAAGGCUGCUGUUUCCUGAA